CCGCUUUAAAAAGUGGAGUAUGCCGAUAGCGCUGGAUCAGUAACUCGCGCCAGUUCGCUCGGAGCAGAGGCUCACCGCGGCGCGGAUCUUCGGGCACCGACGAGCGCCUCGCACACUUGCCACUCUCUCGCCGCACCGUCCGCCGUCCGUCGUCGCAGAGCGGCCCCACGCACCGCCGUCACGAUGCCGAGCCAACUCGAGGAGGUGAAGAGCAGGCGCGCCACCUUCGGCAUGGGCUGCUUCUGGGCGGGCGACUCGCUGUUCGGUGCCACCCCCGGCGUGUUCCGCACCAGCGUGGGCUACGCCGGCGGCACCAAGGAGAAUCCCGCCUACAAGAACCUGGGCGAUCACACGGAGGUCAUCGACAUCGAGUACAACCCCGCCAAGAUCUCCUACUCGCAGCUGCUGGAUCUGUUCUGGAACAAUCACGAGUACGGACUGACGAGCCUCAUCAAGAGACAGUACAUGUCGCUGAUCCUGUACCACGACGAGGAGCAGAGGCUCGUCGCCGAGAGGUCGCGCGAGCGGCUGCAGCGCGAGAAGAACGAGCGCUUCGUCACCGAGAUCCACCAGUUCCAGCGGUUCUACCCGGCCGAGGACUACCACCAGAAGUACCGGCUGCAGGCCCACCCCUGGCUGCUGGAGGCGAUCGGGGUGAAGAGCAGCGAGCAGCUGCGCACCUCGACGUUGGCGGCCAAGCUCAACGGCUACCUGGCCGGCGUGGUCGCCGUGGACGAGUACGACCGCGAGGUGGCCGGCCUGGGCCUCAACGACAGGGCCAUCCAGUUCGUCCGCGAGCACGUCAUCGAGAGACAGGGCAACGGCCUCUACUGCUAGCGACCCCCUCCCCUUCCCGCUCACCGUCGCUCUCUCUCUCUCUAAUGAAAAACAAAGAAACCUUCUGAGUAUUCCGAACGCCAGUUCAGGGGACAAGGCGCCCCGGCGAGACGCUCGCCUCGUGAGAUAUAGGUCUCGCCGCUCGAACCGAAUUGUUGAUCGUUGGGCGCCGAAGACGCCUCUGCUCUUUGUACCUUCGUGUCACGUGCGCGUUCUCUAGGAUCUUAUUGCCGCGUACUUCUGUCUCCGAAGUAUCUUAGUUCCUAAGGCUAUUUUUAUGAAUAAACGUAAUGUCUAUUUUUAUUGAAA